UCACGUGCCACCCUCCUCCUUCCUCCCCCCACCGUCGGGCGUCGCACCUCUUUCUGCCUCUCUUCAAUUCUCUCCAUCUACCACUUCCCAAAGGUUUCUCGUCGUUGUGUGUAGCACGAAGCGUACGCAGAACAGGAGUGCGUACUUGCGGGCGCUGUCUAGUUUAUCAGCAGCGGGGUAUAUAUGUUCUCCAGACAACCCUUCCUAUCGCAACGGACGAAAUCUACAUGCCGACAGCAGCAGCAGUGGACUGCAAAAUCCCAGCGUCCUGGCUUGGGGUUCGUCAUAGGUGCCGUGUGCCUCCUUGUGCUUGUUGGUGCCAGCACUGGUGAGUCUCUACUGCUGUCGAUGGCUGGAUCACCUUACCCCAGAGGAUGCACAACUGCGUGCGCAGCGGGCGCGGCGGCGUCGCCGACGAGAAAAGGUGGCGCGCCACUCAACGGGCUGGGCAACGAAGUGGCUCAGGAUGACGCUACACCCCUCGCCCCCCCAUUAUUAGAAUUGAUCACGCCAGACGGCUGUGCGUCGUCGUCGUUCUCCGAAACGUCAUCUCUCGUAAAAAAUAUCCAGAAGGCCGUGGCAGGUGGUGUCUCCCUGGUGCAGCUUCGAGACUACAAAUCAGGCGCCAAAAGCAAAGCCGAUUUGGCCGUUCGCAUAUCUACGGCCCUUAAAGGGCGUGCGCUGUUUGUGGUCAACGGCGAGCCCGACACUGCUCGAGCUAACGGUGCGGAUGGGGUCCAUCUUCCCGAGCGCAUGAUGGACCGUCUCGUGGGUCUACGAGGCCAAGGAGAAUGGCCUCGCAUCGUAGGGUGCUCUGUCCACUCCGUCGCAGCAGCAGUGGAGGCUGCCAGAUUGGGUGCAGACUAUGUUCAGGUAGGGACAAUGUUUGCCACCCAGUCGCACCCAGGCAAGACGCCCGAGGGGGUGGGAAUGCUCAACGACGUUCGACGACAGCUACAAGUUGAAGGGCUCGACGUUGUCUUAGUUCUGGGUGUGGGGGGAAUCGAUGCGUCGAAUUGUGGUGACGUGGUGGCUGCGGGCGGGGACGGCGUUGCGGCCAUUAGAUGCUUGUGCUCGAGCAGCGAUGCGGAGGGGCAGGCUCGACGCAUCGUGCAGGACAUGAGGAACUCAGCAGGUUCUCGGUUUGCUGGAUCGCUGGGCGAUGAGAAGAUACAGUAGCUGUCGCUACCACGAGGGACACCUGAUGGAUGCAACUGUCGUCACACGUGUGCGGCCAGGGGAGGAAGCGCGUGUGAUUGCGAGGGGCACCACAGGUGGAAGGGAGCCUUUUUUUGUUUCUUGCUAUUGACUUUGUCAUGUAUCUGGCCUCUGUCGCUUGUUGUGUCUCCCGCCGGCGCCUCGCAGCAUCUCUUUUACGGUUUGGUAUCUCUCUCUCUCUCUCUCUCGGUUAGCCACCCGCUGUUGUGGUGUCGUCGGCUGCCCCCUAGCGGCGGCUCUCUGCUGGUCCGCCCGCAGCCUGUGUGUGUGUGUCUUCAUCAUGUGUGUGUGUGUGUGU